AUGUCUAGCGUGCUGCAACCAGACUUUCCCAGGCUCAUACCAUUUGAUGCUCGAAGAGACUAUGUCACAUGGGCCAGAAAUGUUGAGAAUUAUUUAGCCCAGAAUGAUCUCAGCGACACAAUUGUCUCAGGCUCCAACUGCAGUAAACAGGAGAAGGCACAGGCUCUGUUUUACAUCCACCUCCAUCUGAACGAAGAUUUCAAAAACGAGUAUAUGCUCGAACGGGAUCCACUUGUUAUAUGGCAAUCUUUGAAGGAUCGCUUUGAUAGGAUGAAGGCAGUAGAGCUACCACGAGCGAAGUUGGACUGGGACUGCCUGCAUUUCAGCAAUUUUGACUCUGUGACUGCAUAUGAUUCGGCUCUGCGACGCAUAGUUUCUCAACUGAAGCUCUGUGACAAAGAAAUCACAGAUGAAGAAAUGAUCGAGAAGACUUUGUCUACCUCCCCGCCAAGAGGAGAGAGACCGUCAGGAGCUCAUGAGAAAUCAAAAUGUCAAACCAGCCCAGAGGGUGUCUUUCAAAAGGAAGAGAAGACGGGGUCAGAGUGGGAGGUUGAAUUGAGUGGCAUAUCGUCGCUUAGCCCGGGACCUGUUAAGAACUAUAUCUUUUGGUCGUCUGUCCAUGUCAGACCUACGUAUUCUUCAGUCAUCGAUUUCAUGUUUGCUUGUUGA